AUCAUCAUCUGCCUAAUCAAUUGUGGGCCAGCCGGCCACCGUUUCGGCUGCAUCCAGGCGACCCGGGACCUCCAGGGCUGCUGGAAGGCGCCGGACGCGCUGUACCACGAGCGGCUGGGGCAUGGCCGACGAGCGGGAAAACAGCGAUGAUAGCCACCGGGAACAGCGGAAGCGACCGGCAGAGGACGGCACAAGCGGUCAGAGCGAAGCCAAGGUGCCCAGGCUUCUCAGCAAGGACGAGAAGGGCGAGGACAACUUGGGGACGCCUCCGGAACAAGAGCGAGCCGGCGCAGCCACCAAGCGGAGCAACGACACCGACAGCGGCGACAAACAGGCAGGCAAAGCGGACGCAUUGGACGGCGAGAGGGAUCCCAAGGUGCGAAGGGUCGCCGGCGAGGGCGAGGAGGACAAGGACGCCAAGAACAGCGAGGCAGCCAAGGAGGGCGACGAAACCGAUAGUGAGGACACUGACAGAAAGGACACUGAGAACAAGAACACUGACGAAAAGAAUGACAGCAAGGACACCGACAGAAAGGACACGGAGAGCAAGGACGCCGACAGCAACGGCGAACAGUCUACAGACGACACGGACGGAGAGAGUGAGCCCAAGAAGCGCAAGGUGGCCGACGAGAACGAAGUUGACCAAGGGGAGGAUGCCGACAGCGCCGAGAAAGCUGCAAAAACGGAGCGCGGCGAGGAGGAAGACGCCGAGAAGCAGGAGGGAGGCGAGGAGGAGAACAACGGCGCCGCGGGGAAGGAGAGCGAGGAAGGAGACGACGAGGACGACUACAACCCUUUCAGGAACGUCGUUCUCGUCAUGGAGAAAGACGAAAACGGCGAGUGGCGCUUGGCCGACGUGUUGAUCGACGGCGACGAGGAGGAAGAGGAGACCGAAGAAGACGAGGCUGAAGACGACACCGAGGACGAUACGGAGGAAGACGAGCUGGUAGCUGCGUUUGCGGCGUUGUUCGACGACGAACAGGAGGCGAAAGCGCAAGCGGACCAAACUGCGUCGCAAGAAGAUGGCCGGCAGAGCUUGAGAGAGGGAGCGGAGGGCGAGAACAAGAAAGAGGGCGGCUUGAAGACGAAGGACGAGACGCGCGAAGACGAAAACAACGAGGCGGCCGAGGAGCGGGUGAACAGCGGGAGAGACGUUGAGGAACACGCCAACGUUGAGGAGGACGACGGGGAAGAUCCCGUCACCCUACACGUGAUUUUCAACAAGCAGAGCUACGACAUCAAGCUGCCCCUGACGGCCAAGAUGUCCCGGCUCAAGGUAGCGGUGAUGGAGAAAACCGGAAUCGAGCCGUCAAUGCAGAAGCUUUGCUUUAAAGGCGCGAGCCAAGCGGACGACAACAAGAGCCUCCGGCACUCUGGACUCUCGGAGAACUCGAAGAUAUUGCUGGUGGGCUCGACCGUGAGGGAUCUUGACGCCGUGCUGCCUCCCAAGCCCCAGAAGAGUUCGCAAACCAGCCCAUUACUCAAGAGAGAGCCGUUCUGCAAACAGGCAAGACACAAGGCGAUAAUCGACGACGGAGUUCCGGAUGACGCCUAUCCCGGUAUCGCCAAUGUUCACGAUAACCUUCCAGACGGGCCGAUCACUGGAAUGCUGAACAGUCAAAAGCAAAAGGUCCGGCUCACGUUGAGGCUCGCAGAGGAUCAGUUCUGGAUCAGCACAAAAGAGACGACAGAGAAGUAUUCCAUGAGUAAAGCCUUGGCCGUGGUCAGCCAACCCAUCGAGGGUCACGAAGAAUAUCACAUAAUGUGCAUUAUGACCGGGAUGUUCUCGGAAGUGGUGUGGUUAUACUGGGUGCCGGCCCAGUUCGUGCGAGCCAUCAAGAGAGCCAUACUGGGAGGCGGCUAGCUGCCGCGUCCUUCUCCACGCUCGCCAGAGCUUCCCGAAUACUGGAGGAGCGAAACUGGAGGAGCGAAGCUGGAGGAGAGCAACUGUAGGGGCGCAACUGUACGAGCAAAGGUGGAUGAGCGAAGCUGGAGGAGAGCAACUGUAGGAGCGCAACUGUAGGAGCAAAGCUGGAAGAGCGAAGCUGGAGGAGGGAAGCUGGAGCGAGCUGCGUAAGGAAGCAGCCACCUAGACCCGCCCAACGACCUCCUCCGAAUGACCCUCCUUGUGCUCUUUCGGCGCGCGCACGGAGAUGAAUGCGACAACGGAGAGCCGUGGAGGCUGUUGAUGAAAAUGGGGCCGACGUAGAAGAAAUGUGGAAUGACAUGUUCGUGAUUUAUUUUAUUUUUAUUUAUUCCGUACCCGCAGCACUAAGAGCAUUAAACAGUGCGGCGGAGAUGGGGGUGGGAGGGGGGAAACGGGGAGCUAAAGGGCACCUUUCGGAUACUGGAUGACUGCGAACAUGACUCUGGCAUUUCAGAAGGCAGCGCGACAGCUUUGCGCGUACAAAAAAAAAAGCUUAACAACCGAACUGUUAUAUACGUAUUCGUACAAGAAAUUUAUAGGGUAGCUUCAAAUCAUGAAGAAUUAGUUACAGAGCAAGUAGAAAAGGAAAGGGCACAUAGAAUAUCUUCAGUAAAUUAACGAAAGCAGAGAAAUCAUCGUUAGAAGACAUCACCAAGCAAUCAACGUACAGUUAUUAUACGCACAUAGUUAGCAGCAAAUUCAAUGUUUACCUUCAACGACUCAGUUGUUUAUCGCCCAGUUCGUACAGCCGAGGUGCUCUACAUAACGGAAUGGUUUAUUGGUAACCAAAUGGAGCAAGACACGCGAACGUUAUACAGUUGGGAUCCUGAAGCUUGAUAUGAUUGCGGAUGUGGUCCUUAUGUCUUAUUACAAUCUCAUGUAUAUAAUCGCUUUGGACAAAAUCCGGCAAAUGAGUAUAUAAACAGUACAAUGUACAAUGAAAGUAUACAUUGGUACAAUGGAAACAGCAAUCGCUUGCGUAGAUCAUACUAGAAAAAAAAAAAAAACGUGUAGCCGGACUAUUUCGUACGUAGUAAACCAGACUAGCAUAAUUAGAACAAUUGCAUCAGCAUCAUAUUUUGUUUGAAUAUCUUUGUUCGCGCAAUAAUAUUGUGCAUAUGUCUUUUCUUUCA